ACCAAUGGUUAUGAAGAAAACAGCUCAAGCUUCUCUUCUUCUAAGUUUUCUCCAUAUACUUCUAUGUAUAUCCUUUCAGCUUCGUGCCACAGAAGCUAUACGCCCUAACCUAGCGAUGCCCCCAAGUCCAAUCUUAAAUCCACCACCACCCUCACCGGUAUGGCCAUCUCCACCAUGUGGAUCUAAUAUUGGAAGUCAAGUUACGGCAGUAAAAGAGAAGCUUUGCAGACAAAUCUCAAGGCCUCUUAAACCUAAAAAGAAGAAAGCUCCAAAGCCUCUAAUUAAGACCAAAAAGAAAAAUACUUCAAAGCCUCUGAAAUCCAAAAAGAAGAAAAGUCCAAAGCCUCAUGCAGCAAUACCGUAAUCUUCAAGCAAAGACGUUCACAUAUAAAACCAUUACUUCUCACCUUUGAGAGAACUCAUUAAGUAUUUUAUUGCAUUGUCAAGCAUUUUGUAUUGACCUCGUUCUUCAAUAAAUAUAUUUUCAUUA